GUGGUGCUGACUACAUUCUCCCUCUCUCUCUCGCUCUCGCUCUCCCUCCUCUGUCCCUCGCUUUGCCGCCUCACCCUCACGCCUUCAUUCCUCCACACUACUGCAGUCAUGGCAGACGUUUUCGUUGGCACAUGGAACCUCAAGUCGAGCGAGAAAUUUGAUGACUACAUGAAGGCGCUGGGUGUGGGCUUCGCCACACGUCAGGUGGGCAACAUGACCAAGCCCACCACCAUCAUCUCGGUGGACGGGGACAAGGUGACGGUGAAGACCCAAAGCACUAUUAAGAACACAGAGCUCUCCUUCAAGCUGGGGGAGGAGUUUGAUGAGACCACUGCCGAUGACAGGAAGGUUAAGUCUCUUGUAACAAUAGAAGAUGGGAAGAUGGUGCACGUACAGAAGUGGAACGACAAAGAGACCAGUCUGGUCAGGGAAGUCAACGGCAAAGCCCUCACACUGACGCUCACACUCGGCGACGUCGUUUCCACACGUCACUAUGAGAAGGCGGAGUAAAACCCAACACUGAAACCUCGCUCCAGCAUCUACUUGCAUCAGCAAAAGCAACCCAAACUUCUUAACACCACCUCAACCCAGGCCAAGCCAUCCCCUCGUAGAGCUGCUGCCAAUUCCCCUCAACGUCUCUUCAUACUGUACGCUCAGUAUUAACGUUACUGAUGACUGUGACCUCCCCUUCCUCCCCGUCCCUCGCUUUAUACUGUUGUUCCUUCUACUGUAAGAACCAUUGAAUAAAUUCCAAUGAGUUGUUGUUUUUUUUUCUCUAAAAUUCCAGGUCUGCAUAUUUCUGUUUUUUAGAAAAUGUGUAAUGCAUGGUGCCUAUGAUAAACCUGGAAAAAUGUUUGAAUUUGAAAGUUUGCCUACUGAGACCUGAAAAAAUGGAAAUUAAAGUGUCUACGCUGUCAGACGAAGUGGUAGAACAAUGAA